AAGCGGCGGCGGCGAGGUGGGCCGGGCCGGGCCUUGCGCAGCAGGGAUUGAGUUUGCUCAGUCCGGGUGGGUGAAGAUGGCGGAGGAGGAUAGGAAGGAACCGAGUGCCGGCCGAGAGAUGGUCAUCGGGAGAUGGCCGGAGCCCGAGCAAGUGGUCAGGAAUUGGCAGGAAGGAGUUGAUUUGUAUUCGGGAAUAUAUCAACACUUUAUGGAAUAUGUCCCUUCAGUACGUUGUUCAGGCUCAGACGCCAAGGUACCUGAAGAGGAGCAGGCCUAUCACAUAUUGUUCCAAACCUUGGAAUGGUUUCUAUUUGGAGAAUCCCCCGAAGUUGGUUUUGCAAAGCUGGAACAAAACAACACUACAUCACAGCUAUGUGGCCGGGUUUUCAAAGGAGGAGAGACCACGUAUUCCUGUCGAGACUGUGCACUCGACCCCACUUGCGUACUGUGCAUGGACUGUUUCCAAAAUAGUGUUCACCGAAAUCAUCGGUAUAAGAUGAAUUCUUCCAAUGGAGGUGGGUUUUGUGACUGUGGUGAUGUUGAAGCCUGGAAGACUGGACCUACUUGUAUUAAGCAUGAACACGGUGCAUCUGAGGACACCAAGAAUCCUGCAAGCCAGUUACCUGUUGGUGUGGCUGAACGAGCCCAGGAGUUGUUUGCUGUCCUAUUCAUGUAUGUUGUGGACAUGUUGAUCUGGGCAGAGGACAAAGAACUGCCUCCGGGACUACAACCGAGGGAGAAGACGGACUCUUAUUUCUGUGUUAUGUUUAAUGAUGAGCAGCAUUCCUUUGACCAUGUAAUCUAUUCACUCCAGCGGUCAUUGGGCUGUUCACAAAAAGAAGCCCAAAAUUAUACCAUCUUGAUAGAUAGAGAGGGCCGUAGAGCUGUAAAGGAUGGAACAAUGCUUUUGUGUCAAGAAACAAAGCUAGAAAUUUUUAACAUUACAAACAGUGUCUUCCAAUCACCUCUUCGUGUUGAGAUUCUCCACUCAAAUGUUGUAUUCCAUCAGGCGUUUGCUUUGCGCAUUCUCUCCUGGUUCAACCAAGUUAUUGGGUAUUCAGCUGGAUUACGUCAGAUUUUCUGUGAGGUUAUACUUAACCAACCUCCAGGCUCGGAUCAACCUUGCCUGGUCAGCAAAUUGAUGUUAGCUGACACCAAAUUGUGGAAAGGAGCUCGAAAAAUCUUCCAUGAAUUAAUCGUGUGUAGUUUGCUGAUGGAAACGGAAUACAAGCGGCUCUUUGCUGUCGAAUUUAUCACUCAUUAUAAGCAAUUGCAGCUUGAGUUUGUGGAGGAUGACCAUGAUCGAAAUAUAUCUGUGACUGCGCAGUCUGUUCAAAUAUUCACUGUUCCAACACUGGCUCGUCAUCUGAUUGAAGAACAUAGUGCACUAAGAAUCAUUAUCGAAGCCAUAAUCGAGCUGUUUUCGGAACACAUGGAUAAUGGCAAGCUUCAUUUUCAGAGUUACUCCCAGGAAAAAUUGUUGAGGAAACAAAUGGUCUUGUAUGACCUUAAGUAUGUUUUGAUCAGCAAACCACCUGUGUGGACAGACAGGCAGAGAGAACAUUUCUUCGAAGGUUUUAAAACUUUUUUAAGGCUCUUAAAAUCUAUGCAGAACAUGGAGCCAGUGAGCCGACAGAUUGGGCAACACCUUGAAAUAGAGCCUGAAUGGGAGCCAGCAUUCACUAUCCAAAUGCUUCUGAAAUGUAUUCUGUCCAUGGUACAGGAAUGGUGUGCAUCUGAUGAGCAAGUUCUUCUUCGAGCCUACAAGGAGUGCCACCGUGUUUUAUCCCAGUGUAACAAUGAGUGCAGUCAACGCAAUGCAAGGAAGCAAUACAACACUCUGACUAUGUGUGGUCACUCCAUCAGCUUGAAACGCUAUUUGGUAUCUCGAGAGUCUGUCAGUAUUCACCUUCCCCUAUCCAGGCUCCUUGCAGGUUUGCAUGUACACCUGAGCAAGAGUGGAGCAAUUAAUAAGCUUGAGGAGUUUGUGCCAUCGUCAGAAUUUCAUGUCGAAAAACUGAUGGACCACCCAUUACGAUGCUUAGUGCUGAUGGCUCAAGUAUCAGCUGAUAUGUGGCGAAGAAAUGGAUUUUCCUUAGUAAAUCAGGUGUAUUACUACCGAAAUGUAAAAUGGAGGGAAGAGAUGUUUGACAAGGACAUAAUCAUGUUACAGAUUGCAGCCUCUAUUAUGGACUCAAAUCGGUUCCUAAUAUUUAUACUGAGUAGAUACGAAUUAUUUGAAGUCUUCUCUAAGCCUCCAGUUGCUCGAAAUAAGGAUGUAAUCCAGCAAACCAAUGUUUUAAUAGAGGAGUUACUACACCUCAUUAUUAUGGUUGUUGGGGAGAGGUACGUACCUGGAGUAGGCCAGGUGAUGAAAGAUGAUGUCACUUUGAGAGAGGUGAUCCAUUUACUGUGCAUUGAACCAAUGCCUCACAGUGAACUGGCAAAAUUAUUACCUGAGAAUGAGAACAAUGAAACUGGUUUGGAAAAUGUUAUACAUCAAGUGGCCACGUUCAAAAAGCCAGGCUUAUCGGGGCAUGGUGUUUAUGAGUUGAAGCCAGAAUGUCUGAAGCACUUCAAUCUGUUUUUCUACCAUUACUACAAGUCACAGCAAACUAAGGCUGAGGAGGAGCAGAAAAAGAAGAAAAAACAAGCAAAUAGUGAUGAAGCUCUUCCUCCUCCUGCCGUUUCUCAGUUCUUUCCAACAUUUGCAAUGGUGGUGAACAUUUUGAACUGUGAUGUUUUCAUGCUAAUUCUCAGAACAGUUCUUCAACGAGCUGCGGAUUCCAUUGGACAGUUAUGCAGUGAAGCAAUGGUACAGAAGACUCUUCAUCUUAUCUGCAUGGCUCUGCAAGAAGAACAGCGGCAGCUAGAGGGAGUAAUUGCUGAGGAAGAUGUCACAUUUGAAGUUUAUCUGAAAGCAACAAGGAUGGGAAGUUCUGCUGUGAAUGCUGAAAGCAUCCUGUCACUCCUUGAGAAACUAAAGCACGUUCAUCAAUUAGAUGCCCAGAAGGACAUGAUUAUUUAUACUUUACAGAUGUUUGAUGUGGUGAAAAAGCUGAGGGAGAAAUCAAGCCCUGGUUCAGCAGACUUUGAGAUCCAAAGGGCAAAUGAGUGUGUACAGGACAAAGAUAAGGCUGAGCGUAAACGGAAAGCAGACGCAGCCAAAUUAUAUCGCCAGAAGAUCAUGGCACAGAUGUCUGCAAUGCAGAAAAACUUCAUUGAAUCAAACAAACACCUGUACGAAAAGGUGACAGAAGCUCAAAAACAAGAGGCGAUCAUUACUGAAGAUGAUAGUAUUCCGCUAGCAGCGGAUUCUGGUGUAGCGCUUGGACCAAUGCAAGGUGCAACAGCAGCUGAGAAAAUAUUACUGACUUGCAUCUUAUGCCAGGAAGAGCAGGAAGUGAAAACAGAUGAGAUGGCCAUGGUACUAGCAGCUUGUGUUCAGAGAUCCACAGCCUUGACAAAAAAGAGGUCUCGAAUCAUAACAAAUAUAGGAGACAACUGCGAUCCAAUCAUCAUGCAUCCAGAUCUGGGCUGUGGCACUCACGUGGGAAGCUGUGGGCAUGUGAUGCAUGCCACCUGCUGGCAGAAAUAUUUUGAAGCUGUGCAAAACUCAACACGCAACAGGAUUCACGUUGAACUGUCAUUUGAUUUGGAAAAUGGAGAGUUCCUCUGUCCGCUGUGUAAGGCUCUGUGUAAUACUGUCAUCCCGGUCAUUCCACUGCAAGCACACAGUCUAGACAGCAAAGAUACAGAAACAAUAGCUGAUAUGCUCACUUUACCUCGGUGGCUAGAAAACGUCUUGGCAAGAAUAAAUGGUUUAAUCGCUUCAGGCACAAAAGAGGAGGAAAACAGUCUCGUUCAAGUGAACCCGGUUUUGUGGAAAAAUCCUGUGGAAUUCAGAUCCAUCCUCAGCUUUGGAGUUCAAUCACCAGUCAUGUAUUCGAAGAGCAUUGUGGAAAUGCUGCUGCUGUUUGCUACUGCUGUGUACCGAGUGGGUCUGAAAGUUGACCCCAAUGAAGCUGAUCCCCGAGUCUCACUAAUGGCGUGGAGUGCUUGUGCCUUCACAAUUCAGUCCACAGAGAACGUACUUCAUGAUGAGGACAAAGUUUUAUUCGGAUCACUGCCAGAUCGACAGGGUGUAAGCCUGAAGGCAGUUCUGCAGUUUGCUGCUUCUCAGAGAGUGGUCACAUCAGCCAAAGUUAUCCAGAAGCACUUGAUCCGCUUAUUGUCGGUUUUUGUGCCCCAUUUGGAUGUUGAAGACAAUUGGUCAUUUCUGGAUAUUGACUUCUUCCACCUAAUGGUAAGUCUAGUCUUGGCAUUUCCUUCGUUGUAUUGGGAGGAAACGGUGGAGCUGCAACCCUCAGAUAUCAGCUGUGCAUUCAACAACCUCUACCUCUUCCACCUGGUUAUCAUGGCACACAUUGUGCAGAUACUUUUUACCUCAACAACAGACUGUCCUAUGGAGCAGGAUGAAGAGGAAAAUGAGGAGUCCCGUUCAGCAGCAGAACUGUAUGAAACUCUUCAAGAAUAUACAAGCAGAUCUUUAGAAAGUAAGCCCUAUGGCUGGUACCUGUGGAAUUGUGUGAAAUGUGGCAUCACUCCAUUUCUCCGCUGUUCUGCUUUGUUCUUCAACUUCCUGCUUGGUGUGCCACCGCCUGCAGAUCUCUCAAAAGGCUCUUCAGAAGGACAGUUUGAAGCCUUAUGUUAUUACCUGGCAUUGCCAACCAAUCUUUUCCAGCUUUUUCAUGAUUAUAAGGACACAGUAACCCCUUUACUGCAAAGGUGGUGUUCUGAUUCUUCAGUGCAAAGUUUUCUCAAGGGACAGAGAACAUCAGUUUGCUAUCCGAGAGAACGAAAUCAAUUAAUAGAUCUCCCAGAAGACUACAGUUCUCUUCUGAACCAAGGUUGUCAGCAUAGUUGCCCCAGAUCAUCUGAUGAUGAGCCCAAGAAUUUUGCCCUCUGCAUGUUCUGUGGAGCCAUGCUGUGUUCACAGAGUCAGUGCUGCAGGGAAGAAGUGAAUGGAGAAGAGUUUGGCGCAUGUGCAGCUCAUGCUAUUAACUGUGGGUCCGGUUUGGGAUUGUUCCUCAGGAUACGGGAUUGUCAGGUGUUGCUGCUGGCAGGAAAGAACAGAGGAUGUUUCAUACCCGCUCCAUACCUGGACGAUUACGGAGAGACUGACCAGUUGCUCAGGAGAGGCAAUCCAUUGCAUCUGUGUACCGAGCGAUACAAGAAGCUCCAGCAACUGUGGCAUCAGCACCGCAUUCUCGAAGAGAUCACGAGGAAUCAAGAUGCGAACCAAAUAAUCUUUGAUUGGCAACAGUUCUGAAUCAUUGACACAAACACGUUUGGGCAGCGCACCAUCACUGCACCUUGCUGUUUCUAUCACGUCAGUGACUAUUUUCUCAGAUUAACUGAUGUGAGCUGCUUUUAAUCUGCUGUGACUGUAAUCUAGUUAUAUUGCAGCCAGCUCAUACCAGCAAGGAAGCCAAUGACUUUCUGUUUUCUGGCCUCAUACACUCUUUUUAAAAUGGAAUACCCUUUUACCAUAGUUCUUACAUGGAAACCUUGGUGUAGAAAAGAAAAAGUAAUCGGAGAGUGAAUUUACAAAUUUUAAUUGAUGGAUAUAUUUCUUCCAGGUCCCAUGCCUCCCUUUCAUUGCCUUUGUUAUGUAAAUCACUUUCUGUUGUGUAACCAGCCCUAGAAAGAUCAGAGUAGUCAAAGUUGCUGAUAUUUUAUUUGGUGCCUAUUGUAGAACAGUUGAAGUAGGAUAAGGCUGUGUACAUUUGAAGCCGCAGUGAUCAGAACCAUUCCUGCCACUCCAUCUUGCUUAAGUUUAACUUUUUUAAAUUACAAUGCUUAACUAUGUUCAGGAUGCAUCAGGGAUCUGGAGAAGCAUGUUGUGAUCACAGAAUUGAGAAACACAUUUAUCUCCUAUAAUAUUCUGCUUUGUUUCAUUAUUUUGAUCCAUGCAAUUGACAUCAGACAGAAGUCAAUGCUAAUUGACAAAUGCUGUAUUUGAUUUUGCUAAAUUUAUUUCUGAAAAUAAUGUUAUUUUGAGAAUGCAGACAUUAUUUUACAUUCUUGAAAGUAUUGCAGGGUGAUGAGAACAUUAGAACAUAAUAACAGGAGGCAGGCAUCUGCCCACCCCCACCCCCACCCCUCCCCAUUUGUUGCCUCAUUUGUAAGACCCUCAUUGAUUCUGUUCUAACAACGCAAGCUUAUUUCAGUCAGUUAAAGUUUAAAAUAAGUGUGGAUAAUAAACUAAACUAUUGAAGAGGAGCUAAUAUGUAUCUUAUUAUCAAAUAUUAAACAUGAAAACUUUCAGAGAGUGGAUACUGCUGUAUUGAAUUUGUGAGUACUUCAAAGUCUGCCUAGUUGCUGAAAGUUCUGUGUAAAAAUAUAUUUGGUGACAAAAUACAAUGUAAGUUGUAUGUGCCUGCCCUAUUUCAUAUGGUGCUUUACUGUGAAUCACAAUUAAUUGUGAUGCUCUUUAGCACGGUGAAAGCAGAAUUGUUGGAACAAGGGAGAUUUUUACCCACUCCCAGGUUCAACUGAUAUAGGUAUCUGAUUUUCCAUCUGUUUCUGUAUUAAGGGGACCGUGUGACCUAGUACUAGUUCUGCCAAGUUUCAACAGAUAUUUUAUAAAGUUAAAUACAAAUGAAGAAUGUAUCAAAUGCAGUGUAUUUUCUGUUUUUAUUUUUGGGGUGGGACUGUACAAUAAAUGACAUGAUUACUAAAUAA